GGAAGCCGCCUUUCACAAACCCCAAAGUAAAUAAAAUAAAAAAAAAUAAUCCUGUAUUUAUUAACUCCAUUUCUUUAUUUUUCUCUUCUCUCCCGUCGCCUUAAAAGUAUAAAACACUUUAAAAAUCUUCAUCUUCGUUUUUAAUAUUCCAAUCGAAACUCAAUAAUGGCGUUACUACCUUCAGAACCAAAUGCCAAAACAACCUCAGCUAAAACCAUCUCGUCUUUCUUGCACAGCGACGAAGACGAAGACGACGAAAGCUUCGAGUUCAAGAUUGACGAAGACGGAGAAAUCUGCGUUUUUUCCGCCGACAAGUAUUUCAACGGAGCGCUGGAGCCGCCGCCCCUGCGCCGAGAACACUACCCUUGGAGUUUUCGCAACCGUGGGUCCCCUCCACCUCCUCUUCCUAGUCAUCAUCACCAUUCGCCGAUGAAGAAGCCACCGGGAAGCCGGCCGAGAACUCCAAGUGUCCGGUCCGAGUCAAGCUGGAACAGCAGAACCCACCUCCUGCCGCCCAAAACUCCGGAAACCCGUCCUCUUCCGCCGGCGGAUAGCUCCGGGAAACUCCGCCGGAAGAGUUUCUUGUCCGCCAUUUCCUGCAAUCAUUGCUUCUGCAAUGGCGGGAGCUCUGUCGAAAUUGAUGAGAGUAAAAACAGAGAAGCCAACCCCAAUCCCAAUCCCAAGCAUUUGCAGAUCAAGAAUUCCCCUGUUUUUAGUUCCCCGAAAUCCGGCACGAGAAUGGCCGCCGACUGGGGUGACAUCUUCGAAGAAGAUGGUGACGCCGAGUACGACGAAGUGGGAAGCGAAGCCAGCUCGGACCUAUUCGAGAUCGAGAGCUUCCAGGGCGGGAACCCGAACCCGUUCGACCGGCCCAUCGGGGUCCCGGCGAGGACUUCAUCGCACGCUCCGAGCGAAGCCAGCGUCGAGUGGAGCGUGGCGACGGCCAGUGCCGCCGAUUUCUCGGUGGCGUCGGAUUCCGAGGAGCCGAAAAUGGCGACGUCUUCUUCCUCGUCAUCACCGUCGCGGGGGCGUAGUAGAAAGGGAAAAACGAAAAACUCGCCGAAGCGGAUUGUGCCUGGGAUUCUAAUUCCUACGGGGUGUAGGAGUGAGAAGGCGGUGGGAGUUGCCGGAGAUGCGUACAGAAGAACUGUAACCGGCGGUCGUCGGAAGAACCAAAGUUCGGAGUCCCCUUUUCUGCCGCCAUUGAACAGGGUACGAGGCGGCGGCGGCGGUUUUGGUGUCGGAUCCUUCUCUGCCGCCAUCUCAACUCAUAGCCAACCCCAUAUGCUCUUCAUUUAGUCAAUCUUGGAUUUACAAGUAGAACUUUGACAUGAUUUUAGAACUUAGACCAAAUGUUCUAUAAAAAAACUUUUCCAGUGUUUACAAUCGAGUUAAAAAAAAUUAAUUUUAUGUACACUUAAUAAGUUAAUAUUGAUUGUACCAUAAGCACCUGUUUAUUGUUUCAAUUCCACUGUUUUUGUUUUUUGCUUUUUUGAGGGGUUAAAUUUAGAUAUUUUAUUUGUCUUUCUUACUUUUCUUUUAUGGAGUAAGAGUUAAAGAAAGUUGUGAGUGUGUU